AUGUCCGUCCUCGACAUUACCGCCCAGCACCAACAUCAACAUCAACAGCACCACCACCACCAGCAACAGCAACAACAACAACAACACCGGCAGCGGCAGCAGCAGCAGCAUGAAGCCCAGCUGGAACAGGAUCGGGACCAGAAGGAGGGGUCCUACCCGGCAGCUUCGGUCAUGGACUACCGUGACAUCUCGCCGGAUGAGGAAGAGUCCUCGGAGCGGGAUAAGCAGCUCGCAAAGCUGAUCGACGACGAGUCGACGCACCGCAAGAUCCAGAAGAACGUCAGAGUCAUCUACGUCGGGCAGGACGUCUCCAAUCUCAACUUCCUCUUGCGCCAGCAGCAUGUAGACCGUGACGACGAGGUGUACCACUUUGCUACCAACGAGAUCUCCCGCAAGUACAUCGAGUGUGGCUUCGAGCAGGUUCCCCGGGAUGCCUUCGUUUUGCCCGAACCCGCUCUAGCUGAUGAGCUGGUCGACGCCUAUUUCAAGCAUGUCAAUCCCGGCUUCCCCAUCCUGGCAGAGGACAUCUUCAUGGCUCAGUACAAGGGGCGGGACUCCUCUGAUGCUCCCUCCCUUUUGAUCCUGCAGGCUGUCCUGCUUGCCGGUGCGCACGUCUCCCGCCCUCGACCAAUGCGAGACACCCUCAAGGCGGCCUUCUUUCGGCGAGCUAAGCUCCUUUUCGAGGCCAGGGUGGAGCGGAACAGGGAUAUCAUGGUCCAGGCAGCCCUCCUGCUUACCUGGUAUUCUGACCCAGUGGACGACGACGUCGCUGCAAACGCUCAUUACUGGGUAGGCGUCGCCGCAAGGAUAGCUACGGGGCUAGGGAUGCACCGGAACUCCGGGUCCAGCAUAUUCGUUCCUCACGACAAACGGAUGUGGCGCAGAGCAUGGUGGAUUCUCGUCCAGUUUGAUGUCAUGGUCUCCCUGCAGUACGGCCGUCCGCAGGCCAUCAACUUGGACGACUGCGACGUCGAGCCGUUGAGGGAGGCAGACUUCGAGGGUUGCGGCAACAACAUCCAAAAGGACUAUGUGAUACAAUUCACCGAGCUGUGCUGUAUGAUAUCCUUCAUUGUCCGCGAGCGCUUUGGUCUGCGCAUUGCUCCCGAACGGCGCAAGAGCAUCCUGUCCGAAGCCGACAAGGCAUUGGCAAACUGGUCUAUCAAACUGCCUGAUACGGUCCGCAUGUCCACCUCGGACAUGCACGCCUGGCCCGCCCUGCUCCAUCUCACCUACAACAACUUCCUCAUCCUGCUGCACCGUCCUCACCCACGCGCCUCGGCAGACACCUACGCCCACAACGACGCAGAGAUAUGCAGUGCCGCCGCAGGAGUGAUUGUGUCUAUCUUCGAGGAGCUCCGCGAAAAGGACCGGGUCAAGUAUCUCUGGUCUUCCGCCGUUAAUACGCUGUUCACGGCCAUGAUCCAGAUCCGAGUGGAAUUGCGCUUUUUUAAUCCGGUUCUUGCAAUCAAUGCCCUGCGCCGGUUUGACUCCACGCUCGUUUCUCUCCGCGCGCUAUCGGAAUACUGGCAUAACGCAGAGAGCAUCCUGCACUUGUUCGAGAGCUCCAAGCGGCUCAAGUACGAUAUGCAAAUGGUCAAAUCGAAGCAAACCAAUGCCAGCCUACCGCACAAGGAAGGGGACUCCGUGUCCAAGUCAACCGAAGGCCCAUCACCACAGGUCGAGGCUCCCUUGCCUCCACCACAGCUCCAUACCUGGUGGCCGAAAGCCCAGCUCGGUGAACGACUCACCUACUUCUCCCACUCUGAGCCCAUGGGCCCCGUCAGCGCACCUCAUCAUCCUCACCCGCAGCCUCAGCCUCAACCUCAUCCACAAAGACAAUCCCAGGCGCAAGCCCAACCCCAACCCCAACCCCAGCAGCAGCAACCGCAACAACCCCGCGCCCGAGCCUCGGAACAUAUUCCUUCGCCAGGUCAGGGACCAGAUUGGCGACAGCUAUUCACCUUUGAGUCUGACGCCUGUGGAGCCGUCGUUCCUGAAAAUCUAAAUGACAUGGAAGAUGAAUGGCGCGAGCUAUACCUGCAUGAUCCAGGAUUGACGGAUUAUUUCCAGGAGAGUACCUGGUUGCAGAGUUAG